AUGUGCAAACAUCCGAUAUGGCAGCACUGGGAUAUUGCAUAUACAAAGGCUGGAACUCAACAGAACAACUUAGAACUUUCCAGACGUCGAAAAACGGUGUGGGUGAUUGCUUCAUUCUUGGCUAUAUUUGCUCUUCUUGUUGGGUAUUAUGGCAGAUUACACUAG